UUUGGUCGACAACUUUUGGGCGUGCGUCUAUUCAGUGAGGCCCAAGGCGCGCCUGAGCGUACGCUCGACCAGUUGGAGCCUGCGCCCUACAGAACUCCGCCCCCCAUAUCCGCCCAAGAGCGAUUUGCCAUCACCUCGCCUCAAUACGCGCUCGGAAACGCGCCCUGAUGACGCCUUUGAAAACACUGAAAUAAUUGUGAUACAUUUUCGGCCGAAAGUAAAUCAGUACAAUUUGUGGACUGGGCUUACUAGUGGCCCAAAGGCUUCAAAACAGAAGAAGCAAAAUUUACCCGACACGUAUGACCAUCAAAUCGCAGGAAGACUAAAAAAUAAACCUCAAAUAUUCACAAUCUUGAAAUAGCAGAGUUCCUACAAACGUUCACAUAUUCUCUCGAGUGAUCAUUAAAUAUGGAUUCAUCAAACCUUACAUCACUUCCAGAAGAAGGCUCAGAAGAAACCCAUAAUCUCCAUUCUGCCUUUUCUUCUAUCCCUGCUCGCCUUCCCAGUCAGACAUCUUCACAGAAAUAUGCACCUUUAGAUUGGUCAGAUUAUUUCGAUCGAGAAGAUGAUAUUCAGAUCCCAGACUCAGAUGAUGUAUUUCAUGUUUAUAUGGCAGGGACUGAAGGGCCUGUUGUUUUUUGCCUGCAUGGUGGUGGUUAUUGCGGGCUCUCAUUUGCAUUGGCAGCAAGCAAACUUAAGGAGAAAGCUAGGAUAGUAGCCAUGGAUCUCAGGGGACAUGGAAAGUCAGCUACACAAAAUGACGUUGAUUUGUCCAUUAAGGUACUUUCGAAAGAUACGCUAUGCGGUGAUGUGUUUUCUGUUUUGAAGACAAUGUAUGGAGAUGCUCCGCCUGCAAUUGUUCUUGUUGGCCACAGUAUGGGAGGUGCAGUUGCAGUUGACGUUGCUGCAAAAAAAUCACUUCCAAGUUUGGCUGGCUUGGUGGUUGUGGACGUUGUUGAGAUUGAAUGGAGUGUCAAAUCAGGCUCUUUGAGAAAUAUUGACUCUGCUCGUGUAUCAAUCCCCAACACAUUGAAAUAUGAUGAAUCAAAAAAAUGUUACACGCAUAGAGCAAGACUGGAAGAAACUGAGCAGUAUUGGAGAGAAUGGUACGAAGGCCUUUCAGAAAAGUUUUUGUCAUCUCCUGUUCCAAAGAUAUUGCUGUUAGCAGGGACAGACAGACUUGACAGAGCCCUCACAAUAGGUCAAAUGCAAGGGAAGUUCCAAAUGGUGGUUGUCAGACACACAGGCCACGCUAUACAGGAAGAUGUUCCUGAUGAAUUUGCUACUUUGCUACUCAAUUUCAUUUCCCAUAAUCGAAUAGGCCCACAUGGAAUUGAGAUACCUGGACUUCGUCGACCCCCUCGGUCAAAACCUUGAAUACUGUACUGUUGCAGAAUAAGAAUUUAACAGUUUGCAUUUGUAGCUUCUAGUUGCUUGCGCUGGAGGAUCCUUUGGGAGCAUGUUGGCGAAUGUUUUAAUAGAGAUUGUACAUAGAGUUGUCAGCUAUAAUAAAUUUUCGAUUUGGCAAACAAGACCAUUUAAAAACGUGUCACCUUUUGUUUCUUACUAAAGGACGACGUACUUAGUCUCCCCAUCUGUAUUCUUUAUCUCACUCUCCUCCCCCUUUCCUUCAAGAUUAAACUUGUACAGUUGCUUGUCUCAAGGGAAACCAUCUCUAAAGCUGAGGAACUCAAGGAUUGAAAACACAAGUUCUUUCCAUGAAUCAACAACAUUAAUUGUCAAUGGCACUAAA